AUGGCUUGUUACAAGGUGCUGUCCUUUGUGAAGAGUCUGUCCAGACGGAAACCACUGGAGCCCGAUGGUGAAGAGUCCAACUUCAAGCGUUGCUUGACCACCCUCGACCUUGUCGCCCUCGGGGUGGGAAGUACGCUCGGUGCAGGGGUCUAUGUCCUUUCCGGAGAGGUUGCCCGAACGGUAGCAGGUCCCAGCAUCAUCAUCUCAUUCUUUAUCGCCGCGGUGGCGUCUGUGUUUGCCGGCUUGUGCUAUGCAGAGUUCGGCGCCCGGGUGCCCAAAACGGGCUCGGCGUAUCUGUACAGUUAUGUUACAGUGGGAGAGGUGUGGGCCUUUAUCACCGGCUGGAACUUACUGCUGUCCUACAUCAUAGGCACAUCCAGUGUGGCCAGAGCGUGGAGCGGCACUUUUGAUGAUCUCAUUGGAAACAAGAUUGCAAAUUUUUUCCUCAAAAAUACACCAAUGGAUUUACCCGGCCUCGCCCCCUAUCCGGACUUCUUCGCCGCGGGCCUUAUCAUGCUGUUAGCAGGUGUUCUUGCAUUUGGGGUGAAGGAGUCGGCCAUUGUCAAUAAAAUCUUCACAGUUGUAAAUAUAGCCGUGCUUAUUUUCGUCAUCAUUGCUGGAUUUAUUAAAGGUGACAUCGGAAAUUGGCAGAUAACAGAGGAGGAAAUCUGGAACUACACGAUUACUGCAAAUCUUUCCAGUUCCAACGAAACUUUAUCCAUGUAUGGGUCGGGCGGAUUCUUUCCCUUUGGUUUCGAUGGAACGUUCGCCGGAGCAGCUACCUGUUUUUAUGCCUUUGUGGGGUUUGACUGCAUUGCGACCACAGGUGAGGAGGUGAAAAACCCUCAGAAGUCUAUCCCAGUCGGAAUCGUGGCUUCUCUUCUCAUCUGUUUCUUGGCUUAUUUCGGGGUGUCUGCCUCUCUAACGCUCCUGAUGCCCUACUACAAACUGAGUGAUCAGAGUCCCCUACCUGUGGCCUUCACCUAUGUGGGCUGGGAUCCGGCGAAGUACGCUGUAGCGGUCGGGUCUCUGUGUGCUCUCUCAACCAGUUUGCUAGGCUCCAUGUUUCCGAUGCCCCGUGUGUUGUUUGCCAUGGCCAGAGACGGGCUGCUUUUCAAACCUCUGAGUAACAUGAGCGCCCGACAGAGCCCGGUCGUCGCCACACUCGCUUCAGGAGUGAUAGCAGCAAUCAUGGCGUUGGUGUUUGACCUGAAGGCUCUAGUAGACAUGAUGUCUAUUGGAACUCUCUUUGCCUACACGCUUGUAGCCAUUUGCAUCCUAAUUCUAAGAUACCAGACAGACCCAAAUGAAAUCAUCAAAAAGCAAGAACUUAAGAAUCAGAAAUGGAAUCCAUUUCGUCCUCCCAAAUCCCCUUCUGCUGCAAGUUCUAAAGGCGUGUCUCUGCUGACCAUACUGUGCAUUGUGUUAGCGAUCAUCUUGAGCGUGACCAUAUCUCAAGGUGUAGCAGCUAAUCUGAUAGGUAAAUGGUGGAUGAUUCUGAUCACCACUUUGGUUUCUCUGGGUCUUGUCGUGACGGCCAUCAUCAUUUGGCGGCAGCCACAGAAUGGAACAAAAGCCGCAUUCAUGGUCCCUUUGCUGCCAAUACUUCCAAUCUUCAGUACAUUCAUCAAUAUCUAUUUAAUGGUCCAGCUGGGAGGAGAAACAUGGAUACGUUAUGCAGUGUGGAUGGCAAUUGGCUUGGCCAUCUAUUUCUGUUAUGGAGUGCACUUUAGCGUACAGAAGAAACGGUCUUCUCAACACCCUGUCCAUGUUGACACCAUCGAUGGCAAACUGAAGACGGAAAAGUCAAAUGGAUUCACUACAAGUGAUCUACAAACCAAGCUGUAA